UUUCAAACCCAGAUACUGUUCAUUGCUAAGGUCCCUUUUGAAAGUGUUUAUUCUGUUCGUCGCGUCCUACCAACGCCUCUUUUAAUCCUUCAUCAUGUCGGAAUCAAGGAAGAGGCCAUUGCCAGACGAUGGGGAGGUUGCUCAAGCAAAAAAGCGGGUGUUGACCAGCACGAGUGGGAGCCCGGAGGUCAACGGCUUGACUGCUAAUCACGACGCAGAAGAACCUGCAGACAACCACCAGUUGGAGCUAUUUCGAAAGGAGGCUAUCUUCAGGCGCAUGAAGCACUAUUCGAGAGAGAACGGGCGGAAUCAGGCGCGCAUAGCUCAACUGGAGCAGCGAAGAAGCUCGUGUGAGGCAGGUCUGGUGGCCAUUGCCGCAUGCUGGAAACAGUUAGUAGACACCAUUCAAACCCUGACGCCACCAGAGGAACUUCCAACAGUCGAAGUCGAUACGAAGGAUAUUUUUGACUUGUCACAGCACAUUUCAACUGACUCGAGCCUCAAAGCUGCACUAGAGAAGAACAUGCUCGCAACCGAAAAACUAAUCACAAGUUUCAUGAAGCUAAAUCCAGCCACCUUCAACGACAAGGCAUAUCAACGUUGUCAGACAUCACAGACCGAGUGUGCUGCACUUCGCUCUGAAAUAGCACUUAUGCAGCAGAAGCUCAGCGAGGUCCAGUCAGAGAAGGAGCAACUACACGAUGACCUCAUUGCUUUGGAGAUCAAGUUGGACCGUACGCAAAGUGGUACUGUUGCAGCCAUGCAGGCAAAGGGUGGGGCAAAGGAAGAGGCACACUCGGAUCAACCAUGCCCACCGGAAGGAAGCACUCCGAAUCAUGGGUCGUCAACUCCGCUACCGGCUCAAAUAAAUGGUCAUGAUGAUUCAUCCCUGUCAGACAUUGAAGCUCUUCGAUUGGAGCUCAAAAUUUCCUCCGACCGUGCAAAUAAGCUGGAGACAGAAAUUAGGACCCAGGCAGAAACCAUAGCGAAGCUCGAGGUCGAGCGCGCCGCUCCGACAGUUGAAAUGGUCUCUGGGACUGUGCACUAUAAGCUAUUAUCUGAGCGUAGGGAUUAUCUGGAGCAUACCAAAUCUGAGAACGAUAACAGAAUUGGACGGUUGGACGCCACGGUACGAGACCUGCAAUCAAGUCGGACGCAAUUUGAGGAGGAGACUCGUGCUUCCGCGCAACAAAUGAAUCAAGAACUCAAAGCGGUACUUGCUAAGCGGGAUGCAGAUCUCACUCGCCUUCGCGACCAACGUGAGCUGCUGCACGCCGAAUUAAAUGAACUUAGAAGUCGUGAAAAUAUAAAAUAUCAGUCAUCACGGGAACUCAAGGCCCUCGCCGAAUCACGAGCGGAAAAAAUAACGCAACUUGAGUCGGAGGUUAGGAGACAUAAGGCGAAAUUAGCUGCGCAUGCCGGCAAUGAAGAUCUCAUGAAGUAUUUCUGGGAGGGAAAAGUUGAUGAUCUUCAAUAUGUGGACGGUCUUCGGAGGAAAUCGAUUGAAACUGAGGCAAAGCUCACUGCACUCCAGCAAUCCCUGUCCGCCAUACGAGAAGAGCAACCUGAUAUUGCACGUCAUAUUGCCUCCGAGGCAGCUACCCGAGAAGAGCUCGUGGCAGUCACGGCAGAAUUAUCAAAAUAUCGAUCUCUCCUUGGAGAACCCUCUUCUUCAGACCUCACUAGGCAAUUGCAAGCGAAGGAAGAUGAGCUCCAGAAAUUGCGGCUUCUUGCAGAGCAACAUCAACAGGCGGAGGACGCAAUUUAUGCAGAGGUGGAGAGGCUUUCAGGAGCAUGGGAAACUUUGGAUGGGCAAUUAAAGAAUAAGGCAGCGAGCUUGACCGCAGCGGAAGAAAAGGUCGCCAAGAGCGCACAUGAGAAAGCCAAGGCGGAUAAUAAGUACUUUGCGGCGAUGCGCGACAGGGAGUCCGUCGAGAUUGAGCGAAAAAAUGCCAUUCGAAACCUCGAGAAGCAAGCCAAGGUUGUCGAACGACUAGCUGACAGCGAGAAAAACCUGCAACAACAAGUGGGGCAUCUCGAAGCAGCCAACCAGCGUCUGCAUCGAGUGAUGGAUGAAGCGGAAAUAAGAUUCAAUGCGCUCGAUUAUGAUGCUUUGAUGUACAAGAAGCAGGCUGAGAGUACCGAAGAGAUGAUGAAGAAUGUUCGAAAAGUUGCUGACGAGAAAUACGCCUACAUCCACCACCUCAAAGGUUGUCUAUUCAAGAAAGAUGACGAGCAUGCUCGUAUGAAAGCCGAGGUUGAUAAACUCCGUGCUGAGGCGAAGAAGUUCAAAUCUGCUUCAGCCAGCGAAAAGGAAGCAGAGCUUAUCGAGGAGGCUGCGUCUGUCUGGAGACUCAUUAAAUGUUCGACGUGCAAAGAAAACAUGCGCGGGGUUGCUCUCACCAAGUGCUCGCACACGUUCUGCAAACAGUGCGUCGAGGCCAGGAUCUCGACACGUCAGCGGCGGUGCCCACAUUGUAAUUCAGGCUUUGCGCAGAGCGAGGUGGUGAACGUCCUCUUCCAAUGAGCGUUUCUUUCAUUCCAUCCAUCCCUACUCAAAUAUAGACUUCUGGUAAUCUUCGCUGCUUGGCGCUUUUUUAUUGGACCGAAUUUUCAGUCAUGCGGCGAUGUAUUGUAGCAUAUUUUUUAUGCUUUUUUAUGGAGCAUAUGUGCCAGGUAAUGUAAUGAUAUCUUUUUGUCUUUGGCAUUUGUCGGCGAAUUAUAGUGUUUGGAGGGGACCUGCUUAAGGCUUAUGAUAUGCCAGGUCGGGCUGGGAGAACGCGCUUCGUACCACUGUCCAAGUCACUAAAUAAUGAGAACC